AUGGCAUCAUACUUGACCGGCAGCGAGGCCUUCAAUCGCGAGAAGCAAACCUCUGACACAAAUACAUCUACAGAAGCCUGGGCUGAUAAGUACCGCGGUGCAACAAUCGAAGACCUCGACCCUCCCCCGGCGCUUUCAGUCUCCUCCCAUGACCCAAUUUCCACAGCCCUAAUGGCCGCCUACGAGCGCGACUACACGCACCUCACCGUUAUCUCCCCGACAAAGCGCUCUCUGUUGGGCUACGUCAGCAUCCCACGGCUACGGGAACUACUGCAGAGCGGCAACGUGAAAGAAACCGAUCCAGUCUCAGCGGCCAUGCAGCGCUUCAAUCGCAAGCGUGGCAUCUAUCAAGUUAUCACGAUGGAGACGCCACUCGAGGAGCUCGAGCAGUUCUUUGAGAGCGAGACGGGUCCAAAUGGUGAGAAGCGCGAGAAGCAGCAAUUUGCUGUUGUCACCGAUGUGGCACGCAAGUUUGUCCUCGGUGUUGCUACCAAGGCAGACUUGGAGGAGUUUGUCAAGCGCAGACCUACCUAA